CGCAUUACUUUCUUCUUUUCUUUUCUCGCAACUUGCUUCCUCCUUCAUCCCGCUUAUUGUACCCUAGAUAGCUGGUUUUGUUAUUGUUCCUGGAGACCCUGGCUCGUGCUACGACUACACCUACUGCUGCGACUCUGCAUUUACUAAUUUAGACAAGAGGAACCGGCACGCAUUCGGCGAAUAAUGAGCAGAGCAAAUGACGAUAUGGAAUUCGUCCCCAAUACGUCGCCCAUACAGCCGCUAGUGGCCAGCGACUUUUCCCUGGACGGCCUCGAUGACCGCGCUGGUAAGCGGCAGCGACGGCACGCGCUCAAAAGCGCACGGUUCGCCAGCAAGCUGCGGGCGACGGACAACGGCAGCGACAAGCACGCAUGGAGGCAACGGCCACCAAUUCUCCCACAGCGCGUGGCCUCCCUUGUGUCCGCCAUGUCCGGUGCCACGCGCCUGAGUCUUGAGAUCACGACGCUAUUCUGGGAGGCCGUAUUCGAGACGAUCGCUGAGAGCACCUCAAGCGGGCUCUGGCUGGGCUCAGCGGCCUGGGAAGAGGCCAAGGCAAUUACCAUGGCGUGCACCAGCAUCCUGUCGCCGCUGGCUGCGCUCAAUCCGCGGAUUGUGCAGAGACUCUUUGAGUCGUCGACGCAUGCAGGCGCUACCUUGCUCAACUCGUCGUGGCGUCGAUCAAAGGCAGUCAACAUGGGCAUGCAUGCGAUGGGCGAGUCUGUGCGGCUGUUUGAUGCAGUGUUUGGGGCUACCGACACAUCGAGCGUGCUCCGGUCGUUUGUCCACCUGUGCUACCGCGAGGCCAUCGAUAAGAACCCCGAGAUCCGUGCCAUGUAUCGCAAUCUGGGUCUUGUGGGCUUUGUCAGCCAUCUUGUGUACGCAAACACGAUCAGCCAGCCUCCAUUCUGCAACCGUGACACAGAAGAUAUGUCGGUGGAUGGCAAAGCCAACAGUGUGCGGACACCUCAGAUGCACGCGAAUGUGACAGUGCAGGCUGAGGAUGGCCAGCCGACGAUGCCCAGGCGCGUGUCCGUGUUUGACAGCGAGGAUGACCACGAUGUUUAUUUUGCCAUGAGCGACCAGGAGUCGUCACGGCGAGACCCCGAGUGGGACCAGCGGCUAAUGGAGGCUCUGCGGAGUUUGUCGAUCCGUAUCGAUGGCUCUGGCGCCAACACAGGCGACGACAAUAUCCACGGCGCAAGGGAGGAGGCAACCAAUGCACGCUCGGACGGUUCGCCAGUGCAUCCAGCAUUCGAAUCCGCACCUGCCAGUCUGAUCUCAUCGCCCACUGGUAUCCAAGCUAUACCCGUACGGCAAAUGCAUUCCACAGCGCCAUUCAUUGCUCCAACCAGCCCGAUGUCGCUCCUCCAGGUGCCCGAGGUGGCUACAUUUGACCAUGAAUCGCAAUGGCUGCAGCAAGAGUUUCCGCGCAAGCCCCUGCUAUUCAACCUGGCACGCUUUGUCACUGUCGCAUCAUCAGCCUACGGCCGCCGGUUUAUGCAGGUACUAGGAAUCGCGCACACCUCUGUCGAUGUGCGUGCGUUGAUCGACCGAUUUGGCGACUAUGAAGUCUCGACGAUGCCGUCCCGGUCACCCAGCAUUGUGACCACGCCUGGCCAUGUCGAGCGCAUUCCCAGCAUGUCGAAGCUCCCGCGUGCCCAGCCCAUGAGCACGUACCACACGCACUCUGCGUACAAUCCGUCGCGGCCGGACUCGCAACGCCAGUACGAGCGCCGCCAUUUCCGGCAGUCUGGCCACAGCUCGCCGCAUGGCCGCAGAGCGCUCGGAAGAAGACCGGUGCGCAGGCGCAGCAAUAGAAGGCGGCCAGUCACAGAUCACCCGAACCACUUUUGCUUCGCCCAGCACACAGGUAUUCCGCUCCGUGAUCUCUUGUUUUCGUCGUAUGCUGCAAACGCGCAUGCCGAGGCUGUUGAGCGCAGGUUGCGCUCACGGCAGUCUGCCAACCAGCUGAGGCGCGAGCGCAGUCGCCAGGCUGAUGCCCCACAGACUACGGACCAAUCAUCCGCACCAGCUGAGCCGAGUGAUGCUCCGACAAGCUGGGUCUCGAGUAUCCCAAUCGUCGGAUCGCUCAUGGUGUCGCGCAUGUUCACCAAGCCCACCGUCAUUGAGGUGUCGAAAAACACACCGCCCCUUCCCGAUCAUCAGAAUGAGCCGACGCUAAAGCAAUUCCGCCGGUUCGACAAGAUCCGCCAGCGCCUAGUGUACCGCAACCCAUCAAUCCACGCCCUAGUGCAUUACAUUGCAGUUGACCAUGCAACUCGCGCUGUGGUCCUUGCAUGCCGUGGAACGCUGGGGAUCUCGGACCUGUUCAUUGAUAUGAUCUGCGAAUACGAGACUGUGCACCUACCCGAUCAUCCAGCCACUACCGGCGAGAAUGGAUACCGAGUGCACUCGGGUAUGUGGCACUCGGCGCUGCUGUUAGCGGAUCCGUCGUCAGAGGUCUUUCGCGAGGUUGCUGAGGCUCUGCGACUGUACCCUGAGUACGGACUAGUGAUCACUGGCCACUCGCUAGGCGGCGGCGUUGCGUCCCUGCUCACGCUUUUGUGGUCGCAGCCCCUGUUCACGCACUCGCAGGAUCAGGCCAUGGCAACUCCUGGCUCCACCAUGGGCGGCAUGCGCCAGUUCGCCACGUCCGAUACUUUUGGCCUGGUGAGCACCCGCCCCAUCCACUGCUUCAGCUUUGGCAGCCCCUACCUGCUCAAUAUUUCUGCCGUGCUGGGCCGCGAGCGCGGUGUCGCAGAGAAGGUCGUUCGCAGGUUCCUGAACGAGCAGCGAAAGAAGAUUGGCGGCAAACUACGAUGGUUUGAUUUUGAUUUCUCGCGGCUACGCGCCUAUGCAUCCAGCGACGAUGAGGAUGACGAUGCUGCAGACGAGGAACUAGCAGAAGAAGGCGAGGAAAUCGGGGCUGAGGAAUCGGCUAGUGUGUUUGGCGGAUACUGGUGGAGUCGCAAGAGCACCUCUGCCCGCACGUCCUCGGAUACAGCAUCCACAGCAUCCAGUAGUGCCUCCUCAACUUCAUCCGCUAAGCGACAGAAAUCUGACCCCAAAUCACGCAAGCAAAGGCUGGACGACUGGUACUGGUCACUGAUUAAGACUCUGCGCGCCAGCAUGGACAGCGAAAAAUUGUAUCCGCCUGGAGAUGUGUUUGUGCUAGCCAGUCCUGGUGAAGAAGAUCGUGCAGAUAAGCUGUUUCCGAACCUAGAGCGGCGCCCUAAAGGCGACGAGCACCCAGAGUCUCUGCCGACAGCGCUGUUCUACUGCCCAGAUGUUACUGAGAGGUUCUCCGAGCUGAGAUUUUCGCGCAACAUGAUCAAGCAUCACCUGCCGUCCACAUAUGAAAAGGAAGAUAGCUGCUCUUGUCCAUGACUCUUUUGAUAUGCUAGCCUAGACAUUAAUGUAAUACUAGAAAGACUACUUGUUCUCAA